AUGUCUGUGAGACUCGUCGCCACCGACGACUGGUGCCCAUCAUCGAUGACGGAGCGCCGGCUGUUGGAGCUCGAGAGGGAGGGGCUUCUGCGCCCCCGCACUUCAUCGUCGCAGCCGGAGUGGAUUGCGCCGGCAGCGGACCACCGGGACCCCAGGCCGCCCACUGGCUAUGUGGGGCCGAUCGACGUUCGGUCCUCGAGGCCUCCAGUAAAGGAGGACGAGGUCGACCGCAACAAGCGGCGCCAGUCCGCUGAGAAGCAGAAGUCCACAAAGGACUCAGAAAAGAAGAAAGAGAAGACGAAAAAUCUCGACCGCCAAGCGUUGAAGCGGACGCUCGAGCAGGCUCAGCCCUCGAUGGCUAAGAGGCUCAAGGUGGGAGCGGCUUCCAAGGAUUUGGGCUCCUCCGAUCCUCGACCGCCGACCGGUGCUGAGAGCGCCCCGCCCCGUCCCCUGGCAGGUAAGUCUGCCCCAUCGUCGCCAAAGCGGGUCGAGGCGCCUCGCCCCCAAGGGCAGGAGGGAGCCCCCGAGCCUCCCCGGUCGGGGGUUGAGGUAGAUCCUAUCACUAUAAGUGACGGGUCUGGCGGCGAUGGGUCUUCGAGGGACGCCCGCCCUAUGGACGAGGAGAUCGAGGCCUCUCCCACCGCGAGGCGGACACCUUGGCCCGUCGGGCUCCACUCUGUUGAAGAGCAGAGGAAGAAAGAGGAAAAAGAGCGUGAGCAGAAGACGCGGCAACAGCCGCAGGAGGAACAGCAGCUGCAGCUGAAAGGAGGAGAGGAGGGGCAGCCAUCAGCAGGUCCCCAGCUCGAGGAGCUGCUGGAGCAGGACCGUCGCCAGGGGCCGCAGGAGCCCUAG